AGUUGGCCAGUAGUAUGCUGUCAGUCAGUAGUGUGUGGAGGUCACGCUGCAGUGUGGACCCUCAUCAUGUCCGUGUUUUACCCCACUCUCCUGCUCUGUGUUUACGGCUUCUUCUCCAACAUGCGGCCGUCGGAACCUUUCCUCACCGCCUUCCUGAUGGGACCGGACAAGAACCUAACGGAGACUCAGGUGAGUUAGCUCAAGGCUAAUAAACAGUUAGUGCUACCUUUAACAGCAGCUGACUUCACAGUCAAGGUUUGACUCACUUUAACUGAAUUUAUUUGACUUAUUUCUAAUUCCUUAGGCUUCUUCUUUCCUUUAAUUUGAUAUUUACUUAUUUUACUGUGGCGUAGAUUAAUAUAGUCAAGACAGAGAAAGAAGGAGACCGUUUUUCUGUCAUUAUAGUCAGAUUAUACCAUCAAAUACAGGAACUGUCAGGUGUUAUCCUGGAGCUGGUUCUUCCAGGGUUCAGGUCUGAGGAAACAGGCAUCAGAGAGCAGCUGCUGUAACUCUGAUUAAAAUUGCCUUUAUGUUGUGUUUUUCUGAAGGACUCUUUAUCAAGUUUAUCCCUUUUUAAAAGGUCAUUUUAACUAGUUUAUUCAUCGAAAAGGACACCCUGAAGGCUGUUUCAUAGAGGCACGUGUGCAGCUGGUUUAAGUGGACUUAAAGUAAACACAAGUUUAACGUUUUCUUAGAGGUAAAUGUCACAGUAUUUUCAGUUUAACCUACUAAACAUGCAGGUCAUCUGAUCGCAGAAAUCUCUGAGUUGCAUUUUUGGUGCAUUUGCUGAACCUGAAUGAUCAUUUUAUUACUAUCAUUUACUUUCUCUGGUGUUUGCCCAGUAAAUUCUUUCACAAAAGACCUCUGGAUUACUGCCCAGUCAUCUGCAAUUACUAAAAUACCAAACCCAAUUCCAUUGAAGUUGGGAAAUUGUGAUAAACGUGAAUAAAAACAGAAUACAAUGAUUUGCAAAUCCUUUUCAAUCUAUUUCCAAUUGAAUACACUACAAAGACAAGAUAUUUAAUGUAACAGAUGUAGUGAUGAACUGUAUUUACUGACAGUGGUUUUCUGAAGUGUUCCUGAGCCCAUGUGGUGAUAUCCCUUACACAUUGAUGUCAGUUUUUGAUGCAGUACCGCCUGAGGGAUCGAAGGUCACAGGCAUUCAGUGUUGGUUUCCGGCCGUGCCGCUUAAGUGCAGUGAUUUCUCCAGAUUCUCGCCCCAUCCUUGCUUGUGAAUGACUAAGAAUUUUUGGAGAAGCUGCUUUUAUACCCAAUCAUGGCACCCACCUGUUCCCAAUGAGCCUGCUCACCUGUGGGAUGUUCCAAAUAGGUGUUUGAUGAGCAUUCCUCAAAUUUCUCAGUAUUUUUUGCCACCUUUCUCAACUUCUUUGUCACGUGUUGCAGCCAUAAAAUUCUAAAGUUAAUUAUUUGCAAAAAAAAAUUAAUAAAGUUUAUGAGUUUGAACAUUAAAUCUCUUGUCUUUGUAGUGUAUUCAAUUGAAUAUAGGUUGGAAAGGAUUUGCAAAUCAUUCUGUUUUUAUUUAUGUUUAUCACAAUUUUCCAACUUCAAUGGAAUUGGGUUUUGUAAAAUGAUAAUACAAGGUAAAUAUCUGAGUUAAAGUGGGAAAAAGUCAACACUUAUACCAUCUAAUUAUUAUUUGGAGUGAAAGAAGAAUGACCAUUCAGGUUUUAGUCCUAACUAAAGAUUCGAGGCACCCUGAUAUCAUAUGAAAAUCUUUUGAGUUGCAAUUUGUCCACUUUGAUUCUUCAUCAGGAUAUUUUUGUAUUCUCACACUCACAGCCAAGUUUCUGAGCAAGUUCAGUCACAUGUACUGUCAGUGAAGAAAAAUCUCCCAACGGGACAAAUAACCAAGACAGUCAGCCCCGUUUGGUCCUCAGAGAUCACUUUUAGAGGAGAAAGGAGCAGGAGGAAGCUAAUGACUGUCCAAAGAGUGAGAGCCAUCAGUUAGAAUCACAAAAACAUAAAAGCCAAAGUCUUGAGGUUUUAUAAGCGCUUAAAGACUCAGACUCUGUCAGAAAUUAUAUGAAACAGCAGCCAUUGUCUGUUUUUGAAAAUGUGAGUUUAUUUUAAUGAGGGACAUGUUACAAACACAUUAUUGUUAGUUUGUGUUUGUUUAUCACUCAUUGUGACAUUGUUGACCAGCCUCACAACUCACUAAUGUUUUCCCAGCACUGUGCAGUCCUACUUUAAACCUUCUUUCAGGUUUUAUUCAUGUGACCUCCUCCCCCACCAAAGACUACAGCAGAGAUGUGUUCAUUGUAUUUUUUUUCUGCUGCUGUUGCAUCAGCUCUGCAGUUGUUCGGUUGAGUCAGAGCUGCAGAGUUUUCACACAUUUCCCAUACAGAACAUUUCCUCAUGAUCAGGCUCUGCAGCUUUAUUUUUCUGCAUCUGUAUUUCCUCGUUUGUUGAUCUACAUUUCCUUGAAGUUCGGAUGGAAGUUUACGGUAACUUUUGGACAGAGGCACACGGGUGAAUUUCACGUGCUGUGACUUGAACAAAAAGUGGAAACAGUUCAAUAUAAAAUUGUGUGUUUAUACAGCAGCCUGUCUUUGUUUUAAGAACGUCUGAUCUAUUGGGGUCUGUUGCAUUAUAAAAGAACUUCAUGUCCUCUGAUCCCACGGUCAUUUUGUUUUCACAGGCUCGCUCCAACAACAUGUCGGCUCAGAGUAAUCCCGAAUCCUCUGGAAUUUCGAUUAAUCCUAAAAUAAUGACCUCCACCGAUCUGUGAGCUGGCCCAGAUAGAUCUCUGACGAUGAUUUUUAAGAUCUCUGUUCAUGACUUUUUAUGGAAGAGAGACUUAAAGAAACUGGAUCCGAAGCAGGUUUAACUUCUACGACCUUAAAUCAAAGAAAAUGAAGAGGAAGUGCAGGAGGAAAUAAUCCGCAGAAGUCAAUACAGAGGAAGUUACUGCUGCUGCUGCGUUAUUUAUUGAUAUAAAAACUCUGAUACUUUUAUACACAAACUGUUUAUGGAAAAACAAAACUGUAGCAUUGACUCUUCAAGUGUUGAUAAAAAUUGUUUUAUUAUUAUUGUUUGUAAAUCAUUUCAAGCUUGAAAAUAUUGCAAAGGCUACAAUCAAAUGUGAAAACAGAUAAAUGUCAUUAUCUAAUGAAAAUUAUACGAACAACCAAACAAGUGUUAUAGGAGGAGACAGUGUGAGCUGAAAGUAGGGCUGGGCGAUAUGGACCGAAAGUCGUAUCCCAAUAUAUUUAGGCUGUAUAUCGAUGUACGAUAUAUAUCCUGACAUUGUUUUUGCAAAGUGAGAGCAAAUGUUAAGUCACAGUCAAAGCCAAAUAUGACAUGUCAGAAGUAGUUCUAUACAAACUGGCCAGAUGAAAUAAUGCUCAGCUGUUCAAAAAACAAUAAAAUUUAAACAUAAAUACUGUAUAACCACAGGAGUGUUAAAUUGGAGCUCUAUAAGGUGCACAGUUAAAUGAAAAAUGUAUCUCAAAUAAAAAUAGCCCAUAAAGUCAAAUAGGCCAUCUUUUUCUGAAAUAGAUUUAUUGAUAUGAGAAAAGCAUCAACAUUUUGACAACUAUAAAUGGCCUAUCAAAUAGUAGAUUUUCUUCUUCUCUCUGACAAAUCCACAGAUGCAAGCAGGGAACACUACAAAAGAAUUAAAUAUGACAAACCCUAGUAAGGGCAGCAUGUACGUGUAUAAAGACAGAACAAAAUAAAGUGCUCAGUUUAAGAAAAUUGUUUUUAAACAUCAUUUUGAGAUCACCUAUCUGUCCUUUUUAUCUUUUUAACAGUCUAAACCAGUUGCACAAGACUAUGAACAGACUAUGCUCUCAGUAAACAUUUCCCCCUCUUUCUUUUUUACUUUGAUAAACAGUUAGUGCUGUCUUGAGGUCCCGGUGCUGUCCCGGUUUAAAUGGGUUAAAGAUUUUAUGCGAGGAACACCAGCCUGUCAACAACAGCAUCUGAUAUCUGUAUAUCAAUAUGCGCUACGGUCCAAUUCCAUAUCUCAUUUAAAAAUAUAUCGAUAUAUUUUUUAUAUCGGUAUAUCGCCCAGACCUAGCUGAAAGAGGUCAACAGUUUCACAAUAAUGUUCCCGAGUGUAAAAUCUGGAGAAAUCAAAGUACAAAAGAGAUAAGGACCAAAACCAAGACUGGAUGGUUCUGAUCUUCAGGCCCUCAGGCAUGGGCUCAAAAUCACUUUCAAAAACCACUGUAUGUGAAUACAGCUCAUCACUGCAUCUACUAAUGAGGUUUAAACUGAACCAUGCAAAGAGGAAACCAGACAGGAACCUGAUCCAAGAACACCAGAGACUAAUCUGAACCUGAGCCCAUUUAAGGUGGACUGAGGGGAAGAGAAAAUCUGUCCUGUUAGCUGAUGAAUCAAAGUCUGAUAUUCUUUGAAAGAGAGACCAGAGAGAGAGAGAGACCAUUCUUCUGCGUCCUUCGCUCUGACAUCUAAAGUUGCUCUUAGAAUGGUCAUAAUAAGUUGUGUAUAAAUCUUAAAUUGUUCUUUUGUUACUUUCAGAGAUUCUUGGCUUUAUCCUGAGCAGUUCGAAACAAGAAAUUCGAGGAACGUGACAUUAACUGAGUCUAAAAACUGUAAAUCUGCCUCUCUUUCUUGCAGGUUGUGAAUGAGAUCUUCCCCAUAUGGACUUAUUCCUACCUGGCAUUGCUGUUUCCUGUCUUCUUGGCGACGGACUACCUCUGUUAUAAACCUGUUCUGGUGCUGCAGGCCACCAGUUUAGUCGUGACUUAUUCCAUGUUGCUUAAGGCACAGGGGAUGGUGGCCAUGCAGCUGCUGGAGUUCUUCUUCGGCCUAGCUACAGCCUCAGAGGUGGCCUACUACUCCUACAUCUACAGCGUGGUGGAGCCGGCUCACUAUCAGAGAGUGACGGGUUACUGCCGCUCCAUCACGCUGUUCGGAUCAGCCGCCGGAUCGCUCACCGGUCAGCUGCUGCUCUCCCUGGCCAAAGUUCAGCUCCUUCACCUCGUCAUCAUCACCCUGGCGUCGGCCGCCGUGGCCUUCAUCGCUCCUUGGUUUCUGCCCAUGCCUAAGAGGAGUCUGUUCUUCCACAAGAGUUCAGGAUCAGGGGAGGAGAGGAGUCUGAGGAGCAGCAGCGCCGUGCUGAAGGAGAAGGCUGAAGAUACAGAGAGUAAAGUGCCUCUGAAUGGCCAGGACGUCUCCACGGUGAGUCACGAUCUUCUAGGGUUGUUUUUAAUGUGGAAUUGAAACCCAGUGUGGAAUGGUUGGAGGUGAUUUUUGGAGGAAGACGCUGAAUGAUACCAGAGUUUUAGUAGCUUAGAUGACGCCUAGAUGACAAGCUGCGUAGGUCCAUGUUUGAACCUUGGAUUUAAAUGACCUUCAUUAGUAAAAGUAUGUGAACUCAAUACCCCGAAAGCAGGCCUAGACCUUAGUCUCCCUGUAGGCUAUGAGUCUGUGCCUGUGUUUGAUCAGAUUUUCAAAUUAAAAGCCCUUUUAAUCAAACUCUUUUCUUUACAGAUGCCUCAGUCCUCUGAGACGAGAAACCACAGUAGGGGCCUCCUAGAUGUGCUGCGAAUGCUGUUCGAGGACUUCCUGCAGUGCUACAGGUGUCGCCCCCUGCUGGCCUGGUCUUUGUGGUGGGCUCUGGCCACCUGCGGAUACUUCCAGGUCAUCAACUACGCUCAGCCGCUGUGGGAGAAAGUUCGUCCUUCUCAUGAUUAUGAGAUCUACAACGGAUACGUGGAGACUCUGUCCACACUGCUGGGUGAGGGAAACACUGUAGACUACUUCAUGAUGCUUCCCAGUACAGAGAUAAAGAGUAUUACCUUUAUUUUUAGUACCUUAAGAGAUGGAGGACUAGCUCUAAUAGCUCCUCUCCUGGUCUUUAGGGGCUCUGGCAGCUCUCCUGGUGGGUUACCUGCCUGUGUGCUGGUCCGUGUGGGGGGAGCUGGCUCUGUGUGUCCUCUCCCUGCUGAUGGCGGUGUGUGUCUUCGUCAUGGACAUGCUGAAGAACAUCUGGUUGUGUUACGGCUCAUAUGUGCUCUUCAGAGCCACCUACAUGCUGCUCAUCACUGUGGCCACGUAAGUACGAAGAUACUGGGACCAGCUGGAGGUUUGAUACGUUGGAAAAGGAUAAAGUUUGGUAUUUUACAGUUGAUGGAGGUUGUUUUAUUCCUCAGCUCAAAGUCGAAACUGGUUGUUGGAACGAUGGUAUGAUGGUAUGAUGGUAUGAAUGCAGAUUGUAGAGUUCUGAUUUUAAUGUGGUUUGUUCGCAUUCCUCAGAUUUGUCUUAUCUGGUGUGCUUGGCUCCCUUUUCCAUUUUUCCAGCAUUUAAUUUUCAUAUUUUAUCAAUGAACGUUGUGAUCUCCUACAUGCAAAAACACCCAAAAAGAAAACAAAGAGAUCAAAAACACAUGAUUGCAGCAUCCCAUGACUUCACUGUCCAAACGUCCUGGAGUCAUCUCCCUGUUAGUUCAAACCAACCCUGAUAGUUUUGUAAUAACAAACCUCAGGAAUUUGAACAUGUGAUUGAAAAUCUGCUGAAUCAUUACCGUCUAUGAAAACCAAACCUGAGAUUAAACAAGCAGAUGGACCGCUGACUCAUGAAGGAUUACUGUACCCUCUCUUUCUUUCGGCUGUUGUUACGUUUGGAUAUUUUGUUUUUCCGACUGUUUCUAACCACAUUUGUUGGAGGUUAUAUAUUUAAACUACUGCGUAUAGAUUCAAACUUUCCUGACCUGUUUAAGGAUCUCCUUCUUCCCUCUGACCGUCCAGGUUUCAGAUCGCUGCCAGUCUCAACAUGCAGCGCUACGCUCUGGUGUUCGGAGUGAACACCUUCAUGGCCCUGCUGCUGCAGACUCUGCUCACUCUGGUUGUGGUGGAUUCAGCCGGCCUCGGCCUUGACGUCUUCACUCAGGUGGAGAAGAAACAUCUUUAAAUAAAUAAAAUCACAGUUUUAAGUUUUGGUUUGCUUUUGAUUCUCUUGUAACUCUGCAGAUUUAAUUGACAUCUGACUGUUUCCUUAUCUCAGUUCUUCAUAUACGGUGGAUACUUCACCUUCAUCGCCGUCAUCUUCCUCCUUGCUGGGUUCUACAAACUGGCCUCCAGGAAGCGCUCCGAGGAGGAGGUUUUGGCCAACGGCUCGGGACAAACAGGGUCUGACUCUCCUCCCGUCAGUGAUGCCAGCUCCUGCUGAUCACACUUAACAUAGAUCUGUAUUUAUGAGCUGUUCAGAUACUAAAAGAGAAAAGGUGAGUGAGCGCAGUCACUCAGAAUUUAUUGUUUGUGUCGAAAUACACAGUGGCACAAUAACAGUAGAUGUAGAACUAAUAUAUAUUUUUGUAAGGACUCAACGUUGCUGUGUUUGACCGACUGUUUUCAGAUGAAUCACUCCUGGCUCCAAGAGUCAACCGUUUCGUUUGAUUUUGCGGUUCAUCACAAACUAGCCUCAUAUUCAAACAGACGUAAAAACAUUUCUAGAUAACUACUUUCUCUGAGUUUCAAACAUAGACUGUAUAUACUAUGGACAACUUGAUUCUGCCUUCCGCCAGUAUAUGGAUUUGAAGCCAAAAAGCUCUCGGUAAUUUGUUUUUUUUUCUCCACUUCCUGAAACCAACAUUGCACAGUAGCGUUGUACGCACUCCACCACUUGAGAGUCGCUGAGAGUCACUGUGAUGAAACACACAAACAGCAUAUCCUCAGGGUGAGCUAUGCAAUCACCAUAUGCCCAUUGGCUGUAUCAAGUGUCAAUCAUUGAAAACAUGAACCAUCUAAUAACUUUUAAAAAUGGAGCUGUACAGAAAAAAGAGGACUUGAGCAAAAACCGGUCUUACAAUAACUACAUGUCAACAUCACAACCAGGGGGGAGAAAAAUGUAUAUUCUGUGUAAUAAAUUUCUAAAGUUUGUCCACAGCUCCAUAGGGAUUGCUGGAGGAGGCGGGAUUUAUGACCUAUACUGCAUCCCGUCACCAGAGGGUGCUGUUCUCGCAGUGGCUUCACCCAGCGAUGAGGCAGACGGCGUCCAUUCUAUAUACAGUCUUUGGUUUCAAACCAUUUUCAGCUUGAUCUUAAACUUUAGUCAGUUGAUGAGCUUAGAUUAGAAGUAGCUCAACUUGCAGCCAAGAAAACUUUGCCAAAGAGUAACCAAGAAACAGAUUUCUUUGCAAAGUGCUGACUUCAGUGUUUUAAUUGUUUUGACUCUGUAUGUUUUACAACAAAGGAGACAUCAGAUGAGGAUUCAACUCCCACUACAACACCAUUAAUCCAAAUUCUGACGGCUCAGCAGCUCAGCCUGCAGCCCCUCCACCAUAGCUGUUGGGGAAUCUCCAACAGAUUGGGAACAGCACUGAAUAAAAUUUUGCAUUCUAAGUCCAGCAGAGUAAUUUCAUAUUCAGCUCAGCUCACAGCCCCUUCUGCCACAAAGUGUUCAAGAAACACUGAUUAUGAACUUAAAACAUUAUUAUGUACUAGACUGAAGAAAUUUGAUGCAUAAAAUCGAGCUUGGCACCUUUUAACAGGCUAUCGGUAGCUCAGCUCGCAGCCCCUCUGCCAUCAAGUGUGGUAGAAACACUGGUUAUUACGAACUAAAACUUCAUCAUAUACAGCACUGAAGAAAUGUACUUGUACAAGCACCCUGGGUGACUUAUGAUAGACUAGCAGCAGCUCAGUCUGCAGCCCCACUGAUCUGAAGGAGAUGAGACCCUUCAUCUCGUUAACUCUGAGUUCUCAAAGAAAUGUACGCUGGCCUUGAGCUCCAGCCUGCCGUGCUGACUGAUGACACGUGUAAGAAACGUGUUUAUAUUUAUUCUUUAUUGUUUUUCUUUGACAUUAUUAACCCUUUAAACUACCAAGUCUGUGUCAGAGAAGAGGAGGCCUCUCUAACGACAAACCUGAAGGGGAUUAAAGACUUGGUUUUUUAGUUUACAGCCUGCCAUGCUAUUUAUCUUGCUUUACUGCAGCCAUGGGAACUACACUCCAGUAAUUAUCAAAAAAGUUAAUUGUCUUUGAGGGCUACCCUGACUGUUUUUUUAAAAACAGCCCUGCAUAGCUGUUUGUUUCUGAUUUAUCACGCCACGUAAAAACAGUUUCAGCUCUUAGAGACCCUCACUCCUGAGAGAGUUUUGUCUUUCCUGUUUUGCCUUAGAACACAAUGAACAGCACUUUAUUAGCGGCUUUCUCUGUGUCGUUGUCACCAGCCAAAAAGAUAUGACUUUAUUUUUAUAUGUAUUGUUUCCUCCUGUUGUUGUGUGUUGGACUAUCACUGACAAGUAUUGGUACUUGUGAGAAGUAUCGGUGUCAGGCUUGUAAGUAUCUUUUUGUAAUGAACACAGUGAUGUUAAAGCUUGAAAUGUUACAUUGUCAGAUCACCUGUAGCACAUGUCAGAUAUUAUCACAUCUGAAUGAGAUGCUACGUCUCCUAAAUAAUCUGUUACUUGAUAUUUAAAAGUGCCUCAAAAGGUCAAUAACGCACACCGCUACAGAGUCCUGCAGGGACAGGGAGAGGGAACCUUUCUAGUUUGAGCCUCAGAAACUUUCCCCAAGAGUCUGAGGAACUUUUCCAAGUUUCCAAACCUCCUCCCCUGAGAUCCUUGAAGACUUUUGUGGGGUCUCGGGAUACCUUUAAGUUCCCGAGAAUUUCUUUGAAGACCCUGAGAAAAUUAUCAGAGAUCCUAAGAAAUCUUGUAAGAUCUUGACAGACUUUUGCAAGAUUAAAAAAAUAACUUUGGGGCAGAUCUGUGAAACGUUUACAAGCUCUGAAAUCUUUGGGAGAGAUGUUGGGAGUUUUUCAAAAUCCUGAAGAACUUUUGGGAGAUCUCAACAAACUUUUUUGAGAGUUAUCCAGGAACUUUUUGCCAGAUAAAACAAAAUGUUUGCAAGACCCUGGAAUUCGUUUAUUUAUUUAUUUAUUGAACUGGACAAACUUCUGAAAUGUCUUGCAAGAUACCAAAAAAAUUUAACCAAAGUUCCCCCAAAGAAUUGUCAGGAAAACUCUAGCAAGGUCUUGAGGAUCUCAUGGCAAGAUCUCAGGAGAAUUUAUGGACUUCUAGACAUACUUUUGCAAGUUCCUGAAACUUUUCGAAGAUCCAAACAGACCUUUACAAAUUCCAAAAUGUCUUGCAAGUUUCCACAGAAAACUUAAAUGAGAUCUGCCCAGAAAUUUGUGAGUAAAACUUUGCAAGAUCCUGAAACUUUUUGCAAGAAUUUCAGUGACAAUCCUUAGAAACUGAAGGGAGGAAGAAACUUUUUUUAAGAUCCCAGAAAUCUUCAAAUUGAUCCUGAAAACUUUUAAGAGAGUCUGGGAAACUUCUGGAUGGUUUGGGUGAGUCAUUAAGGUCCUAACUUCAGGUUACAAGCAGUAAAUGAAUUCACAGAUUUAGCCUCCUUGAGAGCUUCAACAGAUCUGUACAUGUAGGGCCUUGUCUUUGGAUGAAAGACUGUCUUCAAAUAACUUAAAGGAAACUUUGCAAAAGUUUCUCAGGAUUUGGAGAAAGUUGGUCAGUAUUAACCCUGAAAUAUUCCCUCCCUGUCUCUCCCUUUUUUUUUUAAUAGUCCAGAUUUUUUUGUAGGGAUUUAAAAGCAUUUUUUUUUUUUUGUUUCUUUGUACAACAAAUCUGAUGAAUAGACCAAAACCAACAAACAUGUUCACACUUUUUCAGUACUUCUUUAAAGAUGUAUCACUGUUGGUUUUGUUCUGCACAUCAGGUUUAUUGACAGACAGAAUUUCACUGGAUGUGAAGUUUUAAAGUCUAGAAAUCAUGACCAAAUUCUUGUCCCACACUAAGUGAUGGAGGAAGACCUGAACUAAGACUUUUGCCAAAUAACAUCUAAAAACAUCCGCAGAGCAAAACAAAACUGUUCUGAAUGUAAGUGUGAGAGGUGUGGAGCACAUUGAGUGAAAUAUGUGUGUGUGUUUUUUUUUCUUGAUGUAGGCCAAAUGUUUCACACUGUCAACAAAAACAUGAUAACAACGUGGACAUUUUAGCCUCAGAGGAUCCUGUUUUCACUGAGCCUUUAAUACUUUGAACCUCAUACCCUCUGUUUAUUUGUGGACUUGUAACUUGAGCUCUUAGACUGUUUAUUUCUUGUUCAGUACAAUCAUAGAGAGACGUGUAUACACUGGUUGUAUAGUGUGUUUAUCUCCAAUGAUGCCUCUGGAGGUGGUUGAAUUUAAAGUCUGAGGUUUAUAUGAUGAUUGAAUGUGUUUGACAGAUUUCCGUUAUUUUUUUGCCUGUUUUUUUGACCUCUUGAACUCUUAAAUUUGUCUGUCACCUGUUAGAAGUGUAAAGGUUUAAUGAUGGGAUGUUUUAUAAAGACAUUAAUUGAUUAAAUGUUUGUGUUACUUUUGCA